AUGCAGAGCCAGAAGGAGUACGAAGAGAAGAACGCCGCGAAGCUUCAGCAAGCCCGUGAAGCUCGCGAAGAAGCCGCGCGGAUCCGGGAAGAAGAGCUGCGCAAGGCCCAAGAGGUCGAGAUGGAGCGCAAGAAGCGUAUCGCCGAAGAACGCGCGCAGAUGGUCGAAGAGGUGCAACGACAUGCCGCGCAGCGCGCUGAAGACGAGCGUGCUCGCGAGGAAGCCGAAUUGACCAACGAUUCCGAGACCGGUGACCGGGUCAGGCGCAAGAAGAAGCCUACCAGCAAGCGCAAGAAGAAGGGCGGGGACGAUUUCAUCGCGGAUGAAGAUGAAGGCGAUGCUGCGCACAGCGCGGCCGAGAGCGAGGGCGAGGCGGCGCCCAAGAAGCGUCGCCGCUUGGAACGCCGAUCGGGCGGGAAGGCUCAGGCUGCCAAGUCUGAGAAGCCUGGCAAGUACAAGAGCAGUGAGAUGGUUGUUGACUCUGAUGACGAAGAGGCGGCUGGGUCUGCUGGCGAAGACAAGGACGAUCUGUUUGGCGACGAGGACGAGCCGGCUGAGGAAGCUGCGCCGCGUCGUCGUGGCAAGGCCACUCGCCGUAUUGCUGAUGAUGAUGAGGACGAGGAAGAAGAGGAAGAAGUGCAACUAGAAGUGCAAGCCGAGAAGUCUGGCAAUGAAGACAACAACGACGACGAAUUGUUCGCCGAGGAGCCUUCAAAGACUACCGAGGACACGGAGAUGCAGGAGUGA